CCCAAACCAACUUCCAAAAACCUUCUCGACUUCACUGCAUUACAUUUUCCAACUUAAAUAAACUUCCAACAAUGCCUAGCAACAACCAAAACCAGGGUGGUGGAAAAUCGAACUGGAUGACCAAGGAGGAUGCAUCUCGCAUUCAAUCCACCCAGGCCACUAGCGGAAAGAACACCGGUUCUGGAUCGUUCGCUUCUCGGGCCCAGGCCGCGGGCGAUAAGAAUUCUAACGCGAAUAGCAGCGGCGGUGCUCAAGGAGGAGGUCAAAAGAAGUAGAAGAAGCAAAGAGAGAAUCGGAGGGGUUAUGGUUCGGGAACGG